CGCCAAUGGCUUCGGUACGGGGGUUGACUUGCCGCAGAUUGUCUCGUCGACAACUGGCUUAACGGUGCAAAUCAUCAGUACUACGCCCUGUACCCGCCUGAGUUCAGGACGCAGUACGACGGCUGGUGGGCGACACCCCGAAACAAGGUGACCCCCGAACUCACGAGCCUGAUCCUGCGUGUUUGCGCUUGUUCGCUCCAUUUUAUCAUGGACGACAACGUCAGAGUGAGGCUGGAGACGGAACUCGCCACCAACGUCCUAACUCUCGCGAACCGCAUGCAUGCUGCGGCCCACAAGAUCAGCAGCAGCAUCCCGCUAGGGAAAGGGGGCCUUGUCCAUGUCCAGCAACUGUUCCUUACCGCCUUCUGGUUCAAGUCGGCCGAGAAGUGGAACGAAUCAUGGCAUGCUCUGGGCAGGGCCGUUCACGCUGCGAACGAGAUAGGUAUGCCUCCCAGUCACAUCUCGUAGUCUUCAGG